AUGAAGAAUGGGGGGGUUCCAGUUUAUGAUGAUAAGAAGCUGUUUGAGUUGCUCGUCCUUUCACAAGCUCUAGCCGAACUCAGUUGGCCAGAAAUUCUACACAAGAGAGACAUGUUCCGGAAACUUUUUGACAACUUUGAUCCGUCAUCCAUAGCAAAGUUUGAAGAGAAGAAGCUACAGUCUCUCAAAGUAAAUGGCAUUCCAUUGCUAUCUGAACAAAAGCUUCGUGCAGUUGUGGAGAAUGCUAUGCAAAUGCUCAAGGUUCAGCAGGAGUUUGGUUCCUUCAGUAACUACUGCUGGAGCUUUGUGAACCACAAGCCAAUAAGAAACGGAUUUCGUUAUGGACGCCAAGUACCGGUGAAGUCGCCAAAAGCUGAAGUCAUAAGCAAAGAUUUGAUGAAGAGAGGCUUCCGUUGUGUUGGUCCUACUGUCAUUUACUCGUUUAUGCAAGUGGCAGGGAUUGUGAACGAUCAUCUCCUAACAUGCUUCAGAUACAAGGAGUGCGAUGCAAAUGACAAAAAAUUAGACCUGAAACUUAAGAUGGAAGAGAAGACGGAGGUGCUAAAACUAAGUGAAGCUAUGGAGAUUGGAGAGCACAAAUGA